CAGGCGCACGCCACAACGCCUAGGCCAAGCCUAGGCCAACCCAAGGCCAAGCCUAGGCUAGGCCCAAAGCGGAAGUUGCGGUGAUUAAAUGUGAUUAACCUUGCUUAUUUGAACCAAAACAUCAGACCUGUUUUGCUUGUGUUAAUGGCCAGGUCACGGUCGCAUCGUACGUCCGUGAAUCAGCUGAUGACGCCACUCCAGCUCGAGCGGAUGGUCAAAUCUUCGCUACGCGGACGCUCCCCGUGCUUGGGUUGUUUUCAUGCCUGAGAGCAAGAAGUUACCAGCAACUUCUUGCUGAGAGUGUGUGCAGGCACAGCUCAGGACGCAAAUAAAGAUCAUAAAGCCAUCUGAGCAACCAAGGUCAGAAGAUUAACUGAUUUGAUGUUAAGAUGGCCAGGCCUAAUAAUGGUCUCGUACCGUUCAUCGUACUUUACGGAAUCGUGUACAUCAUAGAUUUUCAUCACAAGCUUUUGACAAAUCUUUUUGAUUGCUUUGUCCAACUAUGGGAGCUGUCAGUACAAGUAGGGAUAACUAUUGGGAAUGCGUAUGUGUUCAUUAUCGAGUUCCUUCCAGAGUUGCCUGUAAGAAGUUUUCAUCUGGGAAAGAACCUGCUUGAACUUGUUCUGAACCUGGUGAACGAUGCAGCCCAGGCAUGUACGUCCUGGUUUUGGGCGACCCUAGCAAACGGAUUGGAGAAGUUGACAGCCAUCUUCAAGAAUCUAGGACUGGCAUUCAUCAGUGUUUUGACUCAACUGUAUGACUUACUUGUUUUCCACUGUGUUAGCUUUUUGAAGGCUUUAGUAGAUUCUUUUGUGAGGGUUUUUGAAGAUCUGAUUGAAAUUGUUUGCUCCAGCAUCAGCAGUAUCGCAAAUGGUCUUUAUUAUAUUAUUAUAAACACGUUGAAAGAAAUCCCCACAAAGUAUGUCACAGUGAUAGACUACUUUGGCCAAACUGUUGGUGCCGUUUUUGAAAGCGCUGCAGAAGGAUAUUCGUCAAUUAGUUCGUUCAUCAUAAAUAAUUGGGGCGCCCUCUUAGCUCUGGCUCUCUUUAUUACCCUGGUGUGGGUCUCCUUCAACAUGAGAAAUAUCCAAAACAUCCUUAAAGAUCUCACUCAAAUUGUAAACAGCUUCACACAUUAUCUACCCCAUGAGAUCGACAGGGAGCAGGUGAGACCUGAAGGCCACCUUCAACAUAACAUUCGCCCUCAAGGUCAGCAACAAGUGGAACUUCAAGAUCGGAAUGAAGGUCCAAGUAGGACCAUACACCCUCUGCACUUCACUUCAUAAGGUGAACCCUCUGGCGAAAACAACUCGGUGGAAAGCAUCAUGAGUGACCUUAAAAACAGAUUAAUCGAGGAAGAGGAAAAACAUCUAUGCGUGGUGUGUCAGGAUGCAGUGAAGGAUACGCUCUUCGUACCCUGUCGACACCUUUGUGUCUGCCUACCCUGCGCUGACAAAAUAAUGAGCAAUGAAAAAAUUCUCUCACGGAACUGCCCUCUGUGUAGGACUAGGAUUGGAUCAAUUUUGCAGGUUUACAGUUAAAGAAAAAAACAUUUUGCAGGAUCGUUCAAAAUGAGCUUCCUUGCUUGCAAGUUUAUUUGUUUGCCAUCAUUUGAAAUGAUCAAUUCUAGCCAAAUUUUAUUUUUGUAAAUGAAAGUACACAACACAUGUACUUGAAUUAGUCCUUAGUGCAGGCCUACAUGAAUGUGUUUUCUUUCAUUGUUCAGAGAUGGUGAAGAAAAUAUAAGUUCAAAAUUGACUGUUUCCUUCACAUUGGUAUGAUCCAAGCUUAAGUAAUUAAUGCUACAUUUGUACAUGUACAUGUAUGUAAGUAUCAACUCGAUAUAAUAAACAGAAAAAUAGUUAGAAUUAAGAUGCACCCAGUACUUAACAUAUUUUUAGAACAAGAAAUCCUACAUGUAGCCUUGCCCUUUGAAUACUUUUAACCUGAGACGAUGAUUAAGGCAUCACCCCGGAAUAUAUACAUGUACAGUAUGUCUACCGUAAAUUAAAUGCAUUUGAUUUUUGUACAUAGUCAUACCAAA